CACGAUUUUUUUAAUAAUGUUCAUUGAAACUGUGCAAACAGAAAGACUGCAGAUUUCUCCAAGUGAAAAAGACAUAGAUGCAGCGAUUCUAAGCACUCUUCAGAAAAGAGUUCCUGGUAAGAUUGUUAAUGGCAUUGGAAUAAGCCUGUUUCCCGUGCGCAUUAAAACCGUCACUGAUGUAGAAAUACACGAGGGGCUGUUAUAUCCGUUAGUCUGCUACAAGCUCAUUAUAUAUCAGGCCAUCCCAGGAGAAAUUCUUGUGUGCACAGUUGAAAAGCAGGACAGCACAGGAAUUCUUCUUGCGCACCCACUUCUUCCAAGUCUUUUUGUUCCUGCCUCACAGCUACCGUCUUCAUCAGAGCUGACUGCAGUUUCUGGGCGCAUGGGGAGCACUGUAGACAUAUGGGGGUGGAAGUACAAUGAGUGUAUAUUGUAUGUUCGUAUGGGUGAACUAUGUAAAGUAUCUGUUGUCAGCACAAACCACUCAAAAAUAUAUGCAACGAUUAAUGGGCCCGGGCUGGGCCCUAUUUCCUGGUGGUGAUCUGGGCAUUCUCCUAUUAUGUAAUUAUUAUGUAACCGCCUAUAACAUGCAAAGGAUAAAAUACAUAAAUCUUUAUUUCAACACCCCGACGUAACCCGAAAUCCAAUCUUUGUGAUUUGCAAUUAGAAAAUAAAC